AUGACUACGAGAAGGCUCUUAAAAAUCAAAGGCUUCUCUGAGACAAAGGUGGAGAAGAUCAGGGAAGCUGCUAAAAAGUUGUUGGAAAUCCGUAAGAGAUGCAUCCGAAUCUCGACAGGAAGCAAACAGCUUGAUGCUGCUCUAAACGGUGGUUUCCAGACGAUGAGUGUGUGCGAAGUCUAUGGGGAAUUCCGAUGUGGCAAGACCCAACUUGCACAUACCCUGGCAGUUGUAGCGCAGCUUCCUCGCGAUAUGGGCGGGGCAGAAGGAAAAGUUGCUUAUAUCGAUACUGAAGGUACAUUUCGUCCCGAGAGAAUCCAGGAUAUUGCCGAGCGCUUUGGUGCAUGCGAAAAUAUUGCUUUUGCCCGAGCUGGAAAUACAGAGAUGCAAACUGAACUCCUCGAGGGGCUUGCGGCCAACUUUUCUUCGAAUGAAUAUCGUCUUUUAAUUAUCGAUAGCAUCAUGGCCUUGUACCGUACUGAUUAUGUGGGUCGUGGCGAAUUGUCCGAGCGUCAACAAGCUCUAGGCGCUUUCCUUCGCAGAGCAGCUCAAAUGGCAGAGGAAUUUAAUCUACUCGUGUUUAUGACAAAUCAAGUCAUGUCGGAUCCAGGUGCCAUGUCUUUUGCUGGGGUCGAUGGUCGCAAGCCUGCAGGAGGGCAUGUUCUCGCCCACGCCUCGACUACGAGACUCUUACUUCGAAAAGGCCGGGGCGAGGAACGUGUUGCGAAAAUCAUGGACUCUCCGGAUUGUCCCGAGCGAGAGGCGACCUAUAUUAUUACAACUGGAGGUAUCAACGACCCUGAAAGUUUCAUCAAGUGA